AUGGUCUUCAGUCGUAAAAGGCUGGCGUACCCUCUUCGGGUCAGGGAUGAGAUCCUGCCCCAAGUUAAGGACUCUAAGUAUCUUGGGGUCUUGUUCACGAGUGAGGACAGAAGGGAGCAGGAGAUUGAAAGGCGGAUCGGUGCAGCGUCUGCAGUCAUGCAGACUCUGCAACGGCUAAACAAUUGUAACCUGGACAAACGCAGUUGCCACCUACUGGCCUCCGUUCUCAGCUCUCCAUCCAACCUGAGGCAUUUAGACGUGAACGACAACAACCUUUUGGACAUGGGGGUCGAGAUCCUCUCGAAAGGACUGGCUAGCCAAAACUGCGUCUUAAAAGUCCUCAAGCUGGAACGCUGUGGGAUAACGAAGCAAGGAUGCUUGUCAUUGGCCGAGGCUCUAAAGUUAAAACCCUCCAGUCUUCGAGAGCUGCACCUGAGCUGCAAUGAUCUGUCAGACCUGGGGGUUGAACAUCUCUCGAAAGGACUGGCCAGCCCACACUGCAACUUAAAAGUCCUUGGGCUGAGGAACUGCAAGAUCACAGAGCGAGGAUGCAUUUCAUUGGCCAAAGCUCUCAAGUUAAACCCCUCCCAUCUUCAAAAGCUGCACCUGAGCGACAACAACCUGUCGGAUGAGGGGGUCAUGAUCCUGUCAGAAGGAUUGGCUAGCUCACAUUGCAAAUUAAAAUACCUUUGGCUGUCAUAUUGCCGCAUCACAAAGAAAGGCUGCAUUUCAUUGGCUGAGGUGCUCAAGUUAAACCCCUCUCAUCUUCAAGAGCUGGACCUGAGCUACAACGAUCUGUUGGACGAGGGGUUCGAGAUCUUUUGUAAAGGAUUGGCCAACCCACACUGCAUUUUAAAAGUCCUCAGGCUGUCAUGUUGCUCUAUCACUGAAAAAGGAUGCAUUUCGUUGGCUGAGGUUCUCAAGAUAAAUCCCUCCCAUCUUCGAAAGCUGGACCUGAGCGCCAACAAUCUAUCGGACAAGGGGGUUGAGAUCCUCUUAAAUGGACUGGCCAGUCCACACUGCACCUUAAAAGUCCUUAGGCUUGAAAACUGCAGGAUCACUCAGGAAGGCUGCAUUUCAUUGGCCGAGGUGCUCAAGUCAGAGCCCUCCCAUCUUCAAGAGCUGAACCUGGUGGGCAAUCAAGUGGGAGAAGCAAAGAGGGUCUUAUUGGACGUCCAAGAGGACCCCAACUGCAACCUGAAGAUUGUCAGAAGGAUUUUGUUAGGUCAAGGUACUGUCCGACGACUGCAAGACGGUGUCGGCGCUACGGGCAAAGCGGCCUCACUCACCGAAUUCGAGGCGGUUUGCCCACCGGCGUCCCGUUCUUUUCAGCAACUCUACUGGGAGGUGGACUUAAACGGGAAGGCUGGAAAUGACAACAAUUCCACCGCACUCAUGCCCCGCAGGCCCGCUAGUGUGACAAGCCUCUCACAAGCACUGGAAAAGACCGGGCGGCGCGUUUGUGCUGUUCACGGAGAUCUACCCUCGUUUGUGCUGUUCACGGAGAUCUACCCUGAGUGGAACGUGAAGAAAAGCUACAAGCGCCGACUAUUUCUUGAGGAACUUGGCAAUGCUCUAAUUCGGCCAGAAGUCCUAAAACGGGAACCACCGCCUUCUGCCGAAGGCUUGCCACUAUUAUCGGACGCCUCUCCCAGGCAUCUACAAGGAAGGAUGGCUCUGGACAGCAAGCGGAGGGAACUGCUGUGGAAUACGCUGAGGAAUCUGGGGAAGAACGACUUUGAGUCCUUCAGGUUCCACACAGACCUGCCUGAAAGCAUACGUGAAAACACCAGCCGGGAGUACAUUGCUGAUGAGCUGGUGAAGAAGCACGGUGAGAACACUCUGGAGGAGACCAUCAAGAUUCUGAAGACCAUCGGCAACAACAAUGUGGCUGAGCUGCUGCGCACUAACAUGUUGAAACUACAAGGUCCAGUCUUCUCCGACCAUGAUGACGAUCAGAUUGGCAGAUUGAAGGGACACCUGCAGGACAACCUAAAGAGAUUAUACAGCUUUGCUCCCGAGUGCAACACUGAGCGCUGGGAGCAGCAGCCUCUGGCGGACGUCUACACCGAUCUGGACGUCACCUACGGGGGUGACGUCAGCCCCGACGAGCGGCACGAGGUCCUUCAAAUGGAGACGCGGGCCGCGGCGGCCAAGGAUUCGAUAUUGCCGUGCGACAUCUUCAAAAGCCGAGACGGGAAGUCGCGCCCGAUACGCACACUGCUCACUGUCGGCUUCGCGGGAAUCGGGAAAACCUUCCUGGUGCAAAAGUUUGUGUUGGACUGGGCCAGUGGAAAUACCAACCUGGACGUGGACUUCAUAUUUCCCUUCACCUUCCGCGAGUUGAACAUGGACAAAGAGGAAAGCUUUAAUUUGGCCGAGCUUAUCCGACGCUACGUCUACGAGAGUAGGGACAUGAGCGAGGACACGCUGAACAAUAUAUUUGCCAGCCUGCAGACGUCCGGGAAGCGGGACUAUGAAAGCAGCAACAUCAAGAUCUUGUUUGUCCUAGACGGACUGGACGAGUGCAAUUUCAAAAUGAACUUGAAGAACAAGGCGAAAGUGGACCUCGACGUGACGAAGGCCUACCCACUGCCGGUGCUGCUGGCCUACCUCAUCAAGAAAAACCUUCUCCCCUGCGCACGGCUUUGGAUCACCACGCGGCCUGCGGCAGCACGCGAUAUCCCCUCCAACUUCAUUGACAGCAAAACAGAGGUGAGAGGAUUUAGCGAUUCCCAGAGGCUGGAGUACUUCAGGAAAAGGUUCCCAAGUGAGGAGCGCAUCACAAAGCACAUCCAGAAAUCCCGCACCAUCUUCAUCAUGUGCCACAUGCCCAUCUUCUGUUGGCUCACCGCCACAGUUCUUCAGGAUCAUUUGAAAAAAGGGAAGGAGGGAGAGCUUCCCGCAACGCUUACCAACAUGUACUCAGCGUUUGUGGCUCAGCACCUGGAAAAUUCCAAGGAGAGACAGACAACAGAGCACAUCGGUUACAUGAAAGCGCUAGCAAAGCUGGCAUUUCAUCACACCAUGAACAACUGUCAGAUAUUCUACGAGAAGGACAUGGUGGACAGUAGCUUUGAUUACAGCCAAGCCGCAAAACACUGUGGUUUAUUCACAGAGGUGUUUAAGGAGGUCCAUCCGCUGAAAAGUAACAAACAGAAGAUGUUUCAAUUCAUUCAUCUGACCAUCCAGGAGUAUCUGGCCGCAGUGUACGUGAUGAUGAGCCUGUUCCACGACAACAAGAAUGUACUGGCUGGUUCAAAAUGGUCACUGAAAGGUUUUUCAAUGCCUUCUAAGCAGAGGAUGAUCAUUCAGGUCCACAAGUCAGCUCUCCAGAAAGCUUCUGAGAGUGAAGGAAACCUGGACCUUUUCCUGCGCUUCCUCCUUGGCCUUUCUCUUCAGUGCAACCAGGAACUAGUGGGAGAACUCCUGACGGCUCCUCAGGACUGCGGGGAAAGCAAGUCAAAGACAGUCAAGUUGAUCAAGAAAAGGAUCAAACAAAACACCCCAGAGAAGAACAUCAACUUGUUCUACUGCCUAAACGAGCUGAAGGACGAUUCUUUACUGGAGCAAAUCCAGCAGGAAUUAGUUUCAAAAAAGCUGUCGUGGCAAAAGAUGCCAAAUGACAUGUGGUCAGCCCUGGCCUUCUUCUUACUGACUUCCGAUGAAGCCAUGAAUUGCUUUGAAAUGCACAAAUACUCCACAUCGCCGUUGGGCCUCAAGAAGCUGCUGUCGGUGGUCAAGGCAUCACAAAAAUCAGUCCUCUCAAAUUGCGGGAUGACCACGCAAGGAUGCUUUCCAUUGGCUGAGGCUCUCGAGUUAAACCACUCCAAUCUUCAAGAGCUGGACCUGAGCUACAACGAUCUGUCAGACGAGGGGAUGGAUAUCCUCUUCGUAGGACUGGUCAGCCAACACUGCAUCUUAGAAUCGCUCAAGCUGCUCGUGUGCAACAUCACGGAGGGUGGAUGCAUUUCAUUGGCCAAGGCUCUCAAGUUAAACCACUCCCAUCUUCAAGAGCUUGACCUGAGCUCCAACAGUCUGUCAGAUAAGGGGGUUGCGAUCCUCUCGAAAGGACUGGCCAGCCCACACUGCAUCUUAAAAAUCCUCAGGCUGGAACGCUGCGGAAUAACAGAGCAAGGAUGCGUGUCAUUGGCUGAAGCUCUCGAGUUAAACCACUCCCAUCUUCAGCAGCUGGACCUGAGCCAGAACAAAUUUUCAGAUGAGGGGGUUGAGAGCCUCUCGGACGGUCUGGCCAGCCCACACUGCAUCUUAAAAGUCCUCAGGCUGUCAUGCUGUGGGAUAACAAAGAAAGGAUGUUUAUCAUUGGCUGAUGCUCUCGAGUUAAACCCCUCCCAUCUUCAGCAGCUGGACCUGUCUCAGAACGAAUUGUCAGAUGAGGGGGUCAAGAUCCUAUCGAAAGGACUGGCCAGCCCACACUCCAUCUUAAAAGUCCUCAGGCUGGAAAAUUGCUUGAUCACCAAGAUAGGAUGCUUUUCAGUGGCCAAGUUAAACCCUCAACGGCUUGACCUGAGCUGGAACAACCUGUUAGACGAUGGGGUCAAGAUCCUCUUGGAAGGACUGGCCAGCCCACGUUGCAACUUACAAGUCCUCGAGCUGCGGAACUGCAAGAUCACAAAGCAAGGAUGCAUUUCAUUGGCUAAGGUGCUCAAGUUAAAUUCUUUUCAUCUUCAAGAGCUGAAGCUAGGGGGCAAUCAAAUUGGUCAAGAAGGAGAGAGGGUCUUAUUGGACCUCCAAAAGGAUACCAGCUUCUGCCUGAAGUCCGUCAGCUUUGAAUGGUAA